GGUGGAUUCUACAUUUUAAAAGUUUAGCGCGCUGUUUCCUCCCGUAUAGUAAACGGAUUCGCAUCAAGUUCUUUAAAUUCCCAUUUUUUCUUUCUAAUUUUAUAUGCUGAGUGCUGUAAAUUUAUAAGAAUGUCUCUCUGGGUUGACCGCUAUCGUCCGCGUGAACUUGCUAAGCUAGAUUACCACAAAACGCAAGCUUCCCAUCUGAUUAACCUGUGCGCCCAGGGUGACUUCCCUCAUCUGAUGUUCUACGGUCCAUCGGGAGCCGGCAAGAAAACCCGGAUUAUGUGCCUACUAAGGGAACUUUACGGUGCGGGUGUUGAGCGGCUGCGCAAUGAAAUCAUGAACUUUACGACCCCGUCGAAUCGGAAGGUGGAGAUUAUGACGGUUAGCAGUAAUUAUCACAUUGAAGUAAAUCCUUCCGAUGCCGGAAUUUACGAUCGCGUUGUCAUCACUGACAUGAUUAAGCAGAUUGCGCAGACUCAACAGAUUGACCCAAGUGGACAGCGAGAAUUUAAAACAAUUGUGCUGUCCGAGGUAGACGAGCUGACAAAAGAUGCCCAACAUGCACUAAGAAGAACCAUGGAGAAGUAUGUGGCAACAUGUCGCUUGGUUUUGUGCGUUAACUCUACUUCCCGAGUUAUACCGGCGGUGAAAAGCCGUUGCUUGGGUAUCAGAGUGUCAGCUCCGAGUAGUGAGGAAAUCGUUGGUAUUCUGAAUAACAUUUGCAAAAAGGAAGGUCUACACAUUCCAGCCGAGUUAGCAACCCGAAUCACUGACAAAUCGGACCGUAAUCUACGCCGGGCGAUUCUUAUGUUAGAAGCAUGCAAAGUACAACAGUAUCCAUUUACGGUGAAUCAAGAAGUCCCGGAGAUCGACUGGCAGGUUUUUCUCAAGGAAACGGCAAACCACAUUAUUCAGGAGCAAAGUCCCCAGAAGCUGGAGACUGUUCGGGAACGAUUGUACGAACUGCUGUCGCAAGGUGUCCCUUCCGACAUCAUUUUUCGUGGAUUGGUGGAGAAUUUGGUGAAGAACUGCGAUAUGAGUCUCAAAACACAAACGUUGAAUUUUGCUGGACUGUAUGAGCACCGAAUGCAGCAGGGUAGCAAGCAUAUCUUUCAUUUGGAAGCGUUUGUCGCUCAGUUUAUGGCACUCUACAAAAGAUUCCUGAACCAAGCCUCCGCGAUGGAUUUGGAUGAUUUUUAAAAAGGUGAAACGUCAUCAAAUACUAAUAAAUAUCCCCAUCGCUGGGACGAUUUACA